GUACCCAUGGAUCGAAAAUCAUUGUCACAUAGACUUGUGUGGGUAAAUAACUAAGAUAGUGUGAUCUGACCUCCCUGUAAUUCUCAUGCGGUGUUGCAGGCCUUUCCGAGCACAGCCAGGCUACAUGUGUGGUCCGACUAUCAUGAGGACGCAUACACGAUGACAUACUUUGUUGGUCAGAGAUUACAUGACACUGAACCACAUUGAAGAUAAACACGCGACCGUAGUGAUGGCCUCAUGCAACACUUCACAAUCACAUGAUAAGCUAAGAGUCAUGGCAGAACUGUGUGUAGAAUCUGUUUUCAUAACUGGAACCAGCAAGGGGGUCGGUCUUGGCCUUGUGAAGGGCUUUCUGGAACUUCCCAACCCACCCAAACACGUGUUUGCGUCCUGCAUCGACCCUGACAACGACGAGGCCACAGAGUUGAGAGAUGUGGCUUCACACAAUCCCAUUGUCACGUUGGUGAAACUUGAUGUGCAAUCUGACGCUGACAUCGCCAACGCCGUAACGACAGUACAACGUGUCCUGGGACAGAGAGGGUUAAACCUGCUUAUUAACAACGCAGCCAUAAACUCCCAGCUGUAUGGACUGGAGUCUUUGACAAGGGAUGAUAUCAUGAGUCACUGUGACUGCAAUGUGGCAGGUCUCCUUCUCGUAUCACGAGCAUUUGUGCCACUACUGAGAACUGCUUCCAAACAAAACGAAACGCUUCCUCUAGGAUGCAACAGGGCAGCCAUCAUCAACAUGUCUACUGGCCUCAUCAAAUCCCAGUUCUGGUCACCUGACGAACGUCGUUAUUCCUACGUCUUGACAAAGACAGCCGCAGCCAUUGCUACCACCAUGAUGUCAAGGGAACUUUCGCCAGAUGACAUCCUCGUGGCGGGUGUAAGCCCUGGAUGGGUGAAGACUGAAAUGGGAGGACCUGACGGUCGCAUCACGGUUGAGGAAAGUGUGAUAUUAUGUUUUGAAAGAUUUUGUAUGUUAAAAGCUGAGCACAGAGGUAAAAUGGUUUUGAAAUAUAAAACGAUGGAACUAUAGAUGUAAUAUGUGAAAUGUGCGUCAGUUGAAAUCUUUCCUGUAAAAGGAACGGUCUGAAGCUGUUUCAAUGGGGGUAUUUUAUUGCGUUAUUUGUUUUGGGUUUGAGAAAGUUACUUGGGGAGGAGUAAUCAGUGGAAAGAUGUAAACAAACUUCUAAACGAAACUGUAUCUUUAUCUCACAUAUGUAUAAUGAUAUGCGUAUAUAUGAAAUUCAUUUUAAAUAAUUAUGAAAUAUUUCAAUUUUAACAACAUCUGCAUGUCUCAACUGGUCUCUUUCAUUACAUAAUAAUAUUACAACAAUGUUGCUAGUACUUUGAAAUUAUAAGUAACUUUACCACUGUAGAUAUAGCAAUGUCAACAGUAUCAUGUAAACCACUAUGAUUAUGUCAACCAAAUACCACUUGUUCCUUGAAAACAAUAAUAAAUGUUUCAAGAGGUCAUUGCUGUGAAAAUUUUUACUAAGUUUGUUUUCAUGAUAUGUUUAUUUUCUACUUUCAUAUUACAUAAACAUUUAAACUGAAA